GGCUUGAGGAGCAACGUCCAUCGCUGCGCCCCACUCUCUUCCCCAGUCGUUCCACUGCUCUUUGUAUUUUCACUCUUUCCUUUCGACGGUCUCUAAAAUGUCUAAGCGCAUCCGCAUCUAUACCGCCGAGGACGUUCAGGCGCAUAAAUCCGACUCUGCUUGCUGGGUCACUCUCAACGGCAAGGUCUACGAUGUCACUAGCUUUCUCCCAGACCACCCAGGAGGCGACGACCUUGUUCUCCAGGAGGCAGGCAAAGAUGUUGAAGCGGCUAUGAAGGAUGCGGGGCACUCGGAGAGUGCGUAUGAUAUGAUGGAAGAGUUUGUUAUUGGAAGGUUAGGAGUGGGCGAGUCGCUCGUGGAUGAGGAUUGGGUGCCGGCGGACGAUUUUCACCCCGAGGAUACGGACGAGGCGAAGGACUUCGAGAAGAACCAGUUCUUGGACUUGAGGAAGCCGUUGUUGAAGCAGAUGUGGGAUGCUAACUUCAGCAAAUCAUAUUACCUUCAGCAAGUACACCAGCCUCGCCAUCUUACGGAGUCUGCCAGACUCUUUGGGCCGGACUUCCUUGAGGUCUUCACACGUACCUCAUGGUAUGUCAUCCCCACCAUCUGGCUGCCCAUAGCCAUCUACCUUGGCCUUCGCUCCGUCCUUCAAUUCGGUGGCCCUCUCCCUCCGUUCUCCAUCAACCCCGCUCUGCCUCUGGCCUCCAUCCUGUCUCUCCCAGUCGAUGCCUAUGUCAAAACCAUGUUGUGCUUCUUCCUCGGCAACGUUGUGUGGACCAUUCUGGAGUACACUCUCCACCGGUUCUUGUUCCACGUCGACUAUUACUUGCCUGACAAGCCUAUAUUCUUGACAUUGCACUUCUUGUUGCAUGGUAUCCAUCAUUAUCUCCCUAUGGACCGCCUCAGGCUUGUGAUGCCACCGGUGCUGUUCACCCUUCUGUCGUACCCGUUCACACAGCUAGCACACGCCCUCUUCCCUCCCGCUAUGGCGAACGGCGUCAUCUCCGGCUCGUACACCUUCUAUGUCAUUUACGACUGUAUGCACUAUGCGAUGCAUCAUACCAAGCUCCCUGCGUACCUGAAAGAGCAGAAGAAGUACCACCUUGCGCACCACUAUAAGAACUUCGAGCUUGGCUUUGGUGUCACGAGCAAAGUGUGGGACUACGUGUUCAACACCAUGCUCCUCGUCUAGGAUCUUUAUUACAUGUCAUCCAUUUUACCCUCGCAUAGUGCUCGUCGAAGCCUAUCGCCAGAGCUUGUUGUGGACUUUCUUCCUGUGGUUCGACGGCGUACGAUUAUAUUCCUACUACAGAGUUAAACUCAUACAUACAGUCACGUUCUCUUCAUAGUACAUUACCUUUUAUCGUUCGUUUUAGUUAUGGGGUCGGGUUAUGAGCUCUGAGGUUUGCAUAUGUUUUCGUUGCUGCACGUUACAUCGUGGGCAAAUUAUAUCCCUCACUCCUCG